GUUUAACUCCUGAGCAAAUAAAUUACUUGAUUCCGAGCCAAACUCAUGACCACAUAUUUGUUACAAGCCUUCCCGAGUCUCAAUUACCUAUCCGAGCCUGCAAUCUUCUAAACAAAUCUUUGUCACGGCGAAUACCCAACCUAUAGCCUGCCUCCGCCCAGCCUUUCUCUUCUCGAUUCACAUCAACAGCUAACGCCAGAUUACGCAAUAGCGGAUUCGUGGGAAAAUCGGCAACCUAAGAGAGUAAGGGAUUCUGCAGAAGAAAACAUAAGCCUUAGAAGCUACCCUUCAGAGAUUAGCAAACUGCCACAAAGAAAGAAAUUCGAGUAAGCCACAACAGAGCUGUUACCAUCAUGUAGCGAGGCUGAGACGAAAGGAUCAUCGAGGGCCACCUGAUUCAACACCAAACACAUGCAAGUGCUAUUAGAUUGAGUAGUGGUGGACAAAUUUGUGAUUUGGGGAGGAGUAUCGGAGGCAAUAGAAUUCGAGUGUAGCAAAGAUUAUUUUCCAUGAGUACCCAUGCUCCUAAUUGAAUUUAUACCAUAUCCAAUCCUACCUGCUCCAUACCCAAUCGUGCUUCUAAACCUGUUUGGGUUCCCCCCUGCAAAGGAUAUGAGAUAAGUGUCGAGCACGAUGAUGGAGAUGUGAUUGAAAAAUUAAACUAGUGAAGCUAAGCAAUUAUAGAAGCUAGGUGAAAGAGUUCAUCAGCACUUAUAGACUGGUGAAGCUAAGCGAUUAUAGAAGUGAGGCAUAUCCACAUGCAUUUUCGGGAGGCAUUGACCUUCGACUUGAAGUUAAACAAGCCAAGAACUUUCAAGGUUCCAGAUUUUGCGAUACUCAGUGUAGAAAGUCUUGAAUAUCCGCCAACAAUUGAAUAAUUAUGUACAACAUUAUGAGUCAAUCAAUGGUGCCUCACAUCACACUCACCAUAAAUAAGAUUUCUAACUUCAAGUGGAGGGAAAGAGUGAAGAAGCCUGCUGAUAUAGAUGAACUCGAAGGAAGGGAAGAUGGGUAUUAUGUAUUGGUUGGAGGGAUUACUCCAACUUCACUUGGAGAAGGGAAGUCAACUACUACUAUUGGUCUUUGUCAAGCUUUGGGACCUUUUCUUGAUAAAAAGGUCGUUACAUGUCUUCGCCAUCCAUCACAAGGACCAACAUUUGGAAUCAAGGGAGGUGCACCAGGUGGCGGAUAUAGUCAGGUUAUUCCAAUGGAUGAGUUCAAUCUUCACUUAACAGGGGAUAUUCAUGCGAUAACAGUUGCAAACAACCUUUUGGCUGCUGCCAUUGAUGCACGAAUGUUUCAGGAAUCAACACAAAGUGAUAAAGCGCUUUUUAACCGUUUGUGAGCUGCUGACAAAGAAGGUACCUAAUUUUACAUGAAAGAAUUUUCAUCUAUCUUCUCAAGCUGUUGCUAUUCAAGAUCAGUGUUCUUGUCAUAGCUGACUAUGAAAGGAAUCGAGGGGAAUUGUUGCUGAGGGGAAAAACUCAGUUGUUUUAGCUCAGUCAAUUUUUACGCUGCUACAAUCAGUUUGGUAUCUGGAGGUAAUAUUAGACCCAGUGGAGGCGUCAUAGGGUCAAGACUAGCAGUCAGAUGAAGAGACCUCGGCAGUCAGGGAAAGAUCGAUAAUGCUUUCAGGUUGCCUGCCAAAACUUUCGUGAAUUUAAUGGAAGCAAGCACGAGAAGUGUAUAGAUCGAUAAUGCUUUCAGGUUGCCUGCCAAAACUUUCGUGAAUUUAAUGGAAGCAAGCACGGGAAGUGUAUAUACCAUGGUCUUUACUCUUAGUUGUACCUCAAAGACUGAGACUAUUGAAAAAUGAUAGACAAAUUAAAUCCUUCUUUGUAAUCCACAUAUUUUUGUAAAAAAGAAUAAACACGUGUAGAAUGGUCUCCUUCUUCA